AUGGCGGGUUUGACUGUGAGAGACCCUGCGGUGGAUCGUUCUCUGCGCUCGGUGUUCGUGGGGAACAUUCCAUAUGAGGCUACUGAAGAGCAGUUAAAGGACAUCUUUUCUGAGGUUGGACCCGUUGUUAGUUUCAGGUUGGUAUAUGAUAGGGAGACAGGAAAGCCAAAGGGUUAUGGCUUCUGUGAAUACCAAGACCAGGAGACGGCACUUAGUGCCAUGCGAAACCUGAAUGGGCGUGAAUUCAGUGGAAGAGCACUUCGAGUGGACAAUGCUGCCAGUGAAAAGAACAAAGAAGAGCUGAAGAGCCUUGGCACUGGUGCCCCUGUCAUUGAGUCACCUUAUGGAGAGACCAUCAGUCCUGAGGAUGCCCCUGAGUCCAUUAGCAAAGCAGUUGCCAGUCUUCCACCAGAGCAGAUGUUUGAGCUGAUGAAACAAAUGAAGCUCUGUGUCCAGAAUAGUCCUCAGGAAGCACGGAACAUGUUGCUUCAGAACCCUCAACUGGCUUAUGCUUUGCUACAAGCACAGGUAGUGAUGAGAAUUGUGGAUCCAGAGAUUGCCCUGAAAAUUCUGCAUCGUCAGACAAAUAUCCCAACACUGAUUGCAGGCAACCCUCAGCCAGUCCACAGUGCCGGCCCUGGCUCAGGAUCCUCUGUGUCAAUGAGCCAGCAGAAUCCUCAGGCCCCUCAGGCCCAGUCUUUGGGUGGAAUGCAUGUCAACGGUGCACCUCCUCUGAUGCAAGCUUCUAUGCAGGCUGGAGUUCCAGCACCAGGGCAAAUACCAGCAACUGUAACAGGACCUGGCCCUGGUUCCUUAGCUCCUGGAGGAGGAAUGCAAGCCCAGGUUGGAAUGCCAGGAAGUGGACCAGUAUCCAUUGAGCGGGGACAAGGAACCCUACAGCACUCGCCCGUGGGACCCGCCGGGCCUGCAUCAAUUGAGCGAGUUCAAGGGCAGAGAACAUGGAUGAUAUGGGCAUCUGUCCGAGGCUGUACUCCCUCCCUACUGGUGUCAGGAGGCUUGGAUGGAAUAGCAGUCUUACCAAUGCAGGACCCCAGAGCAGCUAUGCAGCGUGGUCCCUUGCCUGCCAACGUCCCAACUCCUCGAGGUCUACUAGGAGAUGCUCCAAAUGAUCCACGUGGAGGCACUUUACUUUCUGUAACUGGAGAGGUAGAGCCUAGAGGUUAUCUGGGACCACCUCAUCAGGGUCCACCCAUGCACCAUGUCCCUGGUCAUGACAGCCGUGGCCCACCCCCACAUGAAAUGAGGGGAGGGCCAUUAGCUGAGCCCAGACCUCUAAUGGCGGAGCCAAGAGGACCCAUGCUAGAUCAGAGGGGUCCACCGUUGGAUGGCAGAGGCGGAAGAGAUCCCCGAGGCAUAGAUACACGAGGAAUGGAGGCACGAGCCAUGGAGGCUAGAGGAUUAGAUGCCAGAGGAUUGGAGGCCCGUGCUAUGGAAGCCCGAGCGAUGGAGGCCCGUGCUAUGGAGGCCCGUGCGAUGGAGGCCCGUGCAAUGGAAGUCAGAGGGAUAGAAGCCAGAAGUAUGGAUACAAGGGGCCCAGUCCCUGGUCCUAGAGGUCCUAUACCUAGUGGAAUCCAAGGUCCCAGUCCAAUUAACAUGGGGGCAGUUGGCCCCCAGGGAUCCAGACAGGUCCCAGUUAUGCAGGGAGCAGGCAUGCAAGGAGCAAACAUUCAGGGUGGAGGUCAGCCUGGGGGCUUUAGUCCUGGCCAGAACCAGGUCACCCCACAGGACCAUGAGAAGGCUGCUUUGAUCAUGCAGGUUCUUCAACUGACUGCAGACCAGAUCGCCAUGCUGCCUCCUGAGCAGAGGCAAAGUAUCCUGAUCUUAAAGGAACAAAUACAGAAAUCCACUGGAGCACCUUGAAAGGUUUUCAAAAAUACCUGGCAACAAAUCUGGAAAUAAUUCCAUAACUUUGUUGAAAUGUUGCAAAAAGAUGACUUCUGCAUCCUAACCCUUGAAUGACUCAAAUUGGUGCCAGGUGGAGGAUUCCCAUCACCUUCUCUCAGAACAAAAUCAGUUCAUUCUGUUGUCUUAGUUUGUAUAUUUUCUGUGACUUGAAAUAAACUUUGAACACAAUUUUAGUAUACUGCAGAUUGAUACACAUGACCUUUUUGCUUUUAAAAAGGUGUACACCAAGGGUGAAACCUUAGAUGUGUUUUCAACCCUUACCGCAGUAUUGUACUUUAAUGUUAUAUUGCCAUAGCUCUGUUUUUCCUUUAAGUUAACCACUUAUUCUUCUUGAUGAUAUUUGAGAAUUUCUCAGAAGCAGUGUUUUCUAGAACUUAGUUUUUGCUUUGUUUGCUUCCAGCAGAAAUAAUGCAAUUUGCCCUUUGAGAACUUGCUAGAACUUCUGAGUUUACUGGGAGAAAAUAGCCCAUGCUUAGAGCUGUAAAAUGGCAAGAAGGACAACAAAGCAAAAAGCCUAGCAGAGCAGUGUAUUUAGUGUAGAAAAAUCCAAUUAUCAGAAUGUACUUUUGUUUAUCAGUAGCAGGUUUGUUCACAUGCAUAGUUCAGAAUUAAGACAAAAUGUUGUAUUGGCACUGGUUCAAGUGUGUCAGCAACACAAGAGACUGUUGACAUUUACCUGUCCUAAAACUCUUCAGUCUCAGUAGUCAACCUUGAAAGUUAAAAAAGCCACUAAUUUUUCACAUGUUUGAGAUGAAAUAAAAACUAAAUAGAAAUCAAAUGAACAAAAUACAUUCAUUCUACCUUCUAGAUAAUCACUAACCUACAGUCUUCCUCUAUAACCAAAUUUAUUCUGGGAAAUUAAAACAUAGAAAACCCUGAAAACUUUUACAUUCUUCUCAUUUAUUUUAAGAGGACCAAAUGUAGAGCAUAAGUAGUCAGAUUGCCUAUUAGGCCUGCCCCUGCCUGCUUCCUUGCAGAUGGACGUGACCAUAAAUAGUGCCACUAGUUCUAACCUAUGGCUCUUCCAGCCUAGCAUUCUCUCUCUCAUAGUGGCAUUAAGGAGGAACAUGAUUUCUCUCCAUCAGGCCAACCUCAAGAGGUUAAGAGAUGCCUUAAUAAUUAGUAAAGUUCCACUGGAACUACUCUUUGAGCCUAUUUAUAUUCUCAGAAUCCUACCCCCUGGGUUAGGAUUAUGGUUAAGUGAAUUAAAAGCCUGCCAUAGGCUUAGAGAAUGUAAUAGCAUAUUGCUUACACGUCAAGCAAAAGAAUGCAAUGAUAAUCAACUUUAUGAGAGACACUGAAAUUGAGGGAUUUUCUACUCUGAUGUGUAAACAUUUACUACAACAAAAGUUUGCUGAAUAAAAUAUUUCAUAUUACAACUUAGGAAGAAAAACUUGCUCAAAACAGCUAAAGAGAUUUCUAGGUAUCCUGCUCAUCCCCAAUUUGGGCUUGGAUGUUGAUUAUACAUAGGAUUAUUAUCAUUACCUUUUCUGCCUACUUCCAUGAAUAUUCUAGGCCUUAUUGUGUUGAUUUUAGCAGCAAUCAUAUCUUGAAGAGUCAAUAUAUUUAGACAUUGAAAUCAAGAGUGAAACCUUUCUCAUUAGGGACUCAUAAGUUUCAAGGAACACUAAGAUUCCAAAUCAAAGUCAAUGAAGAUCAAAUUAUCAUAUGGUCAGCAGUUGUCUAAGAGGAACCACAUCACCAAGGUUCCAUUGUGCAUUUUCCUAAAUCAUUACUAAGUUUAAUUUAGAUAGCUGAAAUCCAGGAAGUCAAUAGUAGGGGUAUCCCACUCAAUUCCUAUGGAAAUACCCAUUACUAGUUUUUCCUGAUGUCUAAUAAAUGAAACACAAUUAGCUAUCAUGAGCCCAUGAUAGCCUUUAUUUUGUUCAGACUACUGAAAAUGGAUCUUAUCCUUUAAGUCAUAAAAUCUGGGUACUUAGAAAUGACCGUUUAUUCAUUUUUGGACACUUAAUGGUAGAGAAAUAGGUGCUAUAAUGCUGAUUUAGUAGGAACAUUCUUACAAAUCUGAGUUGAAUUGUCUUUUGGGGUAAUGAAGUGUGGACCUCUUAUAAGGGCCCCAGUCUUUGCUUCUACUAAUUCACUGUGACUACUAACAUCCCAGAGCUGGGUGGAUGGCAGAAAUAAGCAUUCUGAUAGGAGAAAAGACAUUUUGCUUAUGUCAUUAGGUGAAUGAUUCCUUAAUAAAUAGGGAAGAGCCAAAACAUGGUAUCAAACUUCUAAAUUAUCUUUUUUUUUAAACUAAAUGUUGCUAAACCACCCCCCUUCAUAAAAAUGGCAAUAAAGAGCCCCAGUUAAGUCACCCUAAAAUGGAGUUCAAGUUUUUGCAGUUAUUUCCAACAGAACAAUGCAAGCUAAUGACAAUAUAGCUUUAAAUUAAAAUAUAAUUUCAGUUACAAUUAGCAUAGUUACAAGAUUUUCUUUCCCCAAUGGAGAGCCUAAAGUGAGUCAUUCAUUAAGAGAUAAAGUAAUGAAAGAUUCAUUAAGAGGAAAAUCAUUUCACGACAAGCAAAAACAAAGCAUAAAUUGCUAGUCACACUGGAUAAGAACGUGUUUAAAAUAACAGUAAGAAUGUACAUAGUGUUAUAUAGGGAUGGGGUUCUUGGUGAUUUUAUGUUCAUUGCUUUAUUAUUUAUGCUUAUUAUGUUUUGUCAUUAUUCAAUAAAUUUUUUAUUUAAAAAAUAA